AUGAAGCAUUACUUUGUUGUUGUUUCCCUUUUUGAAGAAAUGCGGAAAUUGGGUGUCCCAAUUAAUGGUUUCAUCUUGAAUAUUGUGAUUAACAGUUAUUGCCUAAUGCAUCGUUCUGACUGCGGAUUUUCAGUGUUAGCCAUUUACUUGAAGAGUGGAAUUUCAUUUGAUAUUGUCAGCUUUAGUACCUUAGUAAGGGGACUCUUUGUGGAAAAUAAGAUAAAAGAUGCAGUUAUCUUGUUUAAAAAGUUGGUGAAAGAGAAUAUUUGUGAGCCUAAUGAAGUCAUGUAUUCGACCGUCAUGAAUGGGCUUAGUAAAAGGGGCCAUACUAAAAAAACUUUUGAUUUGCUUAGGGUAAUGGAACAAGGGAACAUUAAGCCCAAUGCGUACAUCUAUAGCAUUGUUAUACAUGCCUUGUGCAAAGAUAGAAUGGUGGAUGCUGCAAUUAAUCUUUUGAAUGAGAUGAAACAAAAAGGCAUUCCUGCGGACAUUGUCACGUAUAAUUCAUUGAUUGAUGGUCUCUGUAAGUUUGGCCAGUGGGAAAAGGUUAGGACUUUGCUCUCUGAAAUGGUAAAUUCGAACAUUUAUCCAAAUGUGCGCACCUUGACCAUAGUGACGGAUGGACUAUGCAAAGAGGGAAAAGUCAAAGAUGCCGAGGAGGUAAUGAGACACAUGAUUGGAAAAGCUGUAGAGCCAAAUAUAGUCACCUACAAUGUGAUAAUAUAUGGAUAUUGCUUGCGCGGCCAAAUGGGUAGAGCAAGGAGAAUUUUUGAUUCGAUGAUAGAUAAGAGCAUUAAGUUUGACAUUGUUAGCUAUAGCACAUUAAUAAAUGGAUAUUGUAAGAACAAUAAAUUGGAUGAGGCCAUGGCUUUAUUUCAUGAAAUUUCUCGAAAUGGAUUGAGAUCCGACAUUUUCACCUACAGUAUCAUUUUGAAAGGUCUAUUUGAUGUUGGAAGAAUUGACUUUGCGCAAAAAGUUUUUGUUGAGAUGCAAUCUACAGGGCUCAAACCUAAUUUUUGCACUAAUCUCAUUUUGCUUCGUGGUUAUUUUCAGAAUGGACUUGUCGAGAAAGCUAUGUCGGUAUUUCAUAAGUUGGAAAUACAGAGAGAAGAUACUGAUAUUGAAUUUUACAAUGUUGUAAUUAAUGGAUUGCAAAAAUGGUCAGCUCGACAAAGCUCGUGCUGUUUUUGA